AUGUCACCAGAAAUUAUGGAUGAAGAAAAUUUCACGGAACAUGGCAUUGGUGAACUCCCUCAAAAUCUUUACGACGAAGAGCAACUCAACUCUUACGACAAUACGGCGCAGUAUAAUGAAGAGCCCAGUGACUCGUACAACGAAGAGCCCGGUGACCAAUUCGAGGAAGGAGCUGGGAAUACAUACAACGAGGUGCAAGCAAAUUUGCUCAGCGAAGAACCAGAAACUCAGUAUGAUGAUGAACCAGCAAACGUUUACCAGGAAGAGAAUGCAUACAAUGGGGAAGUGAAGCAACAGGAAAGCUUGCAGGUAGAGGGUGAUGAUAAGAGGUGGCCAGGUUGGCCAGGAGAUAGUGUUUUCCGUAUACUGGUCCCAGCCCAGAAGGUGGGUGCCAUCAUUGGCCGCAAAGGGGAGUUUAUCAAAAGGAUGUGCGAGGAGUCUAAAGCUCGCAUAAAAAUACUAGAUGGCCCACCUGGUGUAACAGAAAGAGCAGUAAUGAUUUCAGCAAAGGAUGAGCCAGAUGAACCGAUAUCUCCAGCUAUGGAUGGCUUGCUUAAAAUUCAUAAGCGGAUAACUGAUGGUUCAGAUGGUGAAUCUGGUCAGCUCCAACGGGGUGCUAGUAAUGUAGGACCAACACGACUGCUAGUGCCAGCCUCCCAAGCUGGCAGCCUUAUUGGGAAGCAAGGAGCAACAAUUAAAUCCAUACAAGAUUCUUCAAAGUCAGUUGUCCGGAUUGUUGAAAAUGUGCCCCCUGUUGCACUAAAUGACGAUAGAGUUGUGGAGAUACAAGGCGAGCCUCUUGGUGUCCACAAAGCAGUGGAGUUGAUAGCAAGUCACUUGAGAAAAUUUCUUGUUGACCACAGCGUUCUCCCACUAUUUGAACAGCAAAUGAAAAUGCACAGUGUGCAGAGAGAACAGCCCAUGGCAGCCCCACAGCAUUGGGCGCCUCCUCAACCCUGGGUUCCUCCUCCAAACCUCCCUCCUGGUGGUCCAGGUUAUGGUGGAAAUCCACAGUUCAUGCCUCCAAGGCCACAAGACAACUAUUAUCCCCGUCCAGAUGUGCCGCCUAUGGAAAAGCAGCCGCACUAUGGCAUUUCUGCAUAUGGACGUGAGGCACCACCAAGUGGUACUUCAGGCAAUCAACCACCACUGCAUGUGGCCUCUCAGGUACAUAACAUGCAAAUUCCUCUCUCCUAUGCUGAUGCUGUGAUUGGGGCGGCUGGUGCUAGUAUCAGCUAUAUCCGUAGGCACAGUGGUGCAGCAGUAACUAUUCAAGAAAGCAGAGGUGCACCUGGAGAGAUGACUGUGGAGAUAAUUGGAAGCGCAUCCCAAGUUCAAACUGCCCAGCAACUGAUCCAGAAUUUCAUGGCGGAAGCUGCUCCACAAACCCGGCCACCGGCUUCCAAUCCUCCUGCUCCGCCAGUUGAUCCGGGUUACGGCUCUUACCCGCCGCCGCCAUAUGGGGCUCCUCCCACAGGUGCAGAAGGGCCUGCUCCUCACAAUGGCGGAGGCUACGGUGGCGGCUCCUACCAUCCCAGCUAUGGAUACUAG